AUGAUCAAUAAUUGGACAUACCAAUUUCACUUGCCUUCAGAGAGAAAUGCUCGCCAUUCUAACUUUCAAAUGCUCGACUUGUGGCACAAGAAGCCUCAAAAUACCCCUGCUAACGCAUUGUUGUGGCAUUUAUAUAGAUUCCUCACAGCGCAUUCUAUAGACCUGAAGCUUAAAUCUUUUGGCAGCAGUGGCAAACAUGAUCUAACUGAACAUGUCGAGUUUUGGCAGGGCGGAUAA